AAAGCCCCACCCAGUACUAGAACUCCUAACACUACUCUCCUUCCCUUUAUCUCUCUAAAACUCUUUUAACUCUUUCUCUCUCUAAAACUGUCAUCAGCACUCACGACUUCUGGUCUCUACUGGUCUCGUUUCUUCUACUGUCUCAUUUUAUUCUCUGCAAAAAAAAUGUUGUGAAAUUCUCUCAAAUUUCUAUCCACAUUCUCCGAAUUUCCAUCAAAAUCUCUGAUUCUUAGUGUACACAAAUGGAUAAAAUUACCCAAAAAGUGAAGCUCUGUUCUCUGAUUAUGGUGGCUUUUCUGAUCAUAUCAUUAUCGGAAAACGUGUCACAAACAACCGCCAACACAUGGGUGGGGUCAAAGUACCAAAUCGAGUGCACAAUGUGCUCCGCCUGCGAAAACCCAUGUAACCCAUCUCCUCCGCCGCCGUCCCCGUCGCCGCCUCCACCGUCUCCAUCGCCUCCGCCGCCCUCAACUGGGUCAAACUGCCCUCCGCCGCCGUCACCGCCCAGCUCCGGCACGAACUACUACUCGCCGCCACCGCCGUCUCAGCCCACGUACACCUACUCGCCUCCUCCGCCGGCGGGUGGUAGCGGCAGCGCCUACUACUAUCCUCCGCCGUACAGCAACUUUCCCGCGCCGCCGCCUCCUAACCCAAUUGUUCCGUACUUCCCGUUUUACUAUUAUAACCCUCCACCUUCCUCGCAGUCUAGUGUUGUUCAAUUGUCUAGUUUUGUAAUUUACACAAUUACGAUGGUCUCUGUUGUACUCUCUUUUCUUUGAAGUGAAAGAUCAAAACAAAAAAAAUUAAUUGGGAAAUAAGGUGGCAGAUUUUCAGAUCUACAAGCUUGCAGUCUAGAGAAAGAAAGAGCUUUGAUCCGAAGCAGAAGAGAAAAAGAGGUUUGUGGUAAGUUUUUAAAUUUACCAAUUUAACCAUUUUUCAAGGAUGCAAUUCAUCAUCAGAAGAUGAGAAAGGAAAGUAUUUUUCUGGCAUCAGAAUUCAAGAAUGAUGAAGACUGAAGUCUCUCUCUCUCAAAUGCCGGGGAGUAAUCUGUAAUUUGCUGGCAAUUUAUGCCUUUUUCUGUCUUUUAGAUUAAUAUUUAUGUAAGGAAUCAAUUAGUCAUUUUUGUUCCAAUUUAAGUCUUUGAAUUAAUUCGUGAAAAGAAAAAAAAAAAAAAAAAAAAAAAUUUCUUUUUUGCAUUUGUUCGUGAAGGAAUUGUCUGUGUGUGUAUAUAUAUAUAUAUGUGUGUGGUGUAACAUUUAUGAGUCAAAGGCUCUUUAAUGUGUACUUUUCCUUCAUAAAGAAGUACGUCUGGUAACAAA